UGGAAACAAAGACUACAAAUCACGUGAGCGGGGUCAAAGUUUAAUAGGUUCGUUCCCCGCGAAAGUGUGAACUUGUUUGUCAAUAUUUUCAUCUUUCAGUCGAAUAACCGCCUGCUGAGUUCGACGUUUUUGCAUCAAUAAGGACGGAUUUUGCUUUUUAGACGCCGUUUCGAAGAGGUAAAAUGCCAAAAAGAGCCUGUCCUUUCGCUGAGACUUUCUCCUCCCAGUACAAAAUUCACAUAGGCCAAAAGGAGUUGAACCAUCACGGAGUUUUCGGGAGCAAAUACAGACAAGAAGUAUACGACUUGUUCCAUCUCAAUGGAGGCAAACUCCCCCCCCCCCAUCUCUUAGAUAAAACGAAGACCUUGCUGUUUAAUGGAACCAAGGCAGUAAUGGGCAGGAUAUGGAACCUGGAGACUGAGGGAAAAGGUUCAGAGGUGGAGAUGGCAGGGCCCGGUGAGGCCCCAGCCGGGAGCCACGGGCUGUUGCGGGGACAGACCUUAAUUGGACAGGAUGGCCGGCUGAAGAGAGGCACAGCAGCCGCAGGUGCCCCAGAGGCGUCCGCCGUGUGCUGCGUGUGCCUGAAGAUGCCAGCGUCACGGAAACCCUGCGCGCAGUGCGAGCGCCACGCCUGCCCGUCGUGCACGCGCCUCUGCAGCGGCUGCUCAGGCGUGUGCUGCUCCGUUUGCACCGUGGUGGAUUACAGCGAGCGCUAUGACAGAGUGCUGUGCUUUGACUGCUCAGCGUGACUGAAGAUGGUCUCACGGGAUUAAAUCCUGCAUCACCUCUGAUCUAUGUACUGACUUUUUAAUGCAUGUUUUAUUUGAACUUAACUGUUUAUGUAUUGUAGCAUAUGCUUUAAUAAAUUUUGUAUAUACAA